CCCAACGUAUUUUCAGCACUGCAGCGCUUCAAAUCUCUCCCCAAGUCCUACUGUUGCGGCCACCGCCUUCUCCACACCUGUUUUGCCUCUAUAAGGGGAAGGGCGGACAACUGGAGCCGGAUUUGGCCCACCAAGGGUCUCCCGUUGCCGACCCUUACCCUAAGCUGUGAGAAAGUCCUCGCCUAGCCCCUGUACUACGAUUCAUUCCGACCCUCCCCCAAACCGUGCGGGGGCCGGUCUUCCCUCCCGCCGCCCCGCGAGGAGAACUCGAGGCCUUAGUUUCUUCCCCUCACAUGACAAAGCCUUGCGCUGACUCUCCCCGUCCCGGCACUACAGGCGAAAGACAACGCCUCUCGGACGGCGCCCCGCUCUCCCAGUUACCUCAGGCUAGGCCUCGGCCUUACGCGAGGGGCGGGCUGGAACCCAGCGAGGGUAGGCCUGGGAUGCCGCCUCCUGACGCGGCUCCGCCCUGCCCGCCGUGGCUCCGCAGCAGGCCGCCUGUCGUAACAGACCUCGCCACUGCCGCGCAUGUGCCGGGAGCCCUCGCUCGAUCUGUAGCGGCUGAGGGGGCGACGACGACCGCGGGAGCGACGACGGCGCUGGGGCUUCCGCCUCCCAUGGCCGGGACGCGCUGGGUGCUGGGCGCGCUGCUCCGGGGCUGCGGCUGUAGCUGCAACAGUUGCCGCCAGACUGGCGCGGCCUGCCUCCCCCUGCGCCCCGCCAUCUCCUCCUCUUCCUCCUCCUCCGCCCACUCCACCUCCCUCGGCCUCUCCGGCCGCCGCCGCCUCCUGCUCUUACUCGGGGCAGCCACGCAGAGCCGCGGAUUCGCCAGCUCCGCCGGGCCGGUGCCUGGCUUCGGCAGCUUGCGGGGCUCGCUGCUGUCUCCGGCCCUCGCAGGAAGAUGCUACAGCCAGGAGCAUUGCACUUCCUUUCCUGAUGAGUAUCCCCCUCUCUCAGAGUAUGAGGCAUCUCCAGCUAAGUCAGGCAAGGAAGAUGAUGUAUAUCUUAUUCGGGCCCAAGGUCUGCCUUACUCCUGUACGGAGGAAGAUGUUCUCAACUUUUUUGCAGGCAGCAAGAUUAAAAAUGGUGUGAAUGGCAUACACUUCCUCUUAAACAGAGAUGGCAAACGUAGGGGAGAUGCUUUGGUUGAGAUGGAGUCAGAACAGGAUGUGCAGAAUGCCUUAGAUAAGCACCGAAGAUAUUUGGGCCAGCGUUAUGUGGAAGUCUUUGAAAUACAUAAUGAGGAUGUUAGUGCCAUCAUGAAGAACCUGCACUCCAGUUUAACAUCUGUGACCAACGAUGGAGUGGUACGACUGAGAGGCCUUCCCUAUAGUUGCAGUGAACUGGAUAUUUCUCAGUUCUUCUCAGGUUUGACUAUCAUCAACAUAACAUUUGUCAUGGACCAGAGGGGAAGAAGGAAAACAGGAGAUGCAUUUGUGCAGUUUGCUACACCUGAAAUGGCUAAUCAAGCCUUGUUGAAGCAUAAAGAGGAAAUUGGGAGGCGAUACAUAGAAAUAUUCCCAAGCCAAAAGAGUGAAAUUCGAACACACAAUGGCUUUUUCCGGGGUAGGAAGAUGAUGGGUUAUCCCACUAUGAAACAAGAUUCUGAAUCUGUUUUUGAGGAAAGUGAGUUGAAUGCUGCUACAUAUGAAAGUGAUAAAGAAAAUGAAGUUUUUAAGCAAGCAUUUGAAAAACCUCGGGAUGUGUCAGAAUCUGGGAGUUUCUCCUCGCUUCACUUUGUUCAUUUGAGGGGUCUGCCUUUUCAAGCAACAGCCCAAGACAUUAUAAAUUUCUUUGCUCCCCUGAAACCAGUGAGAAUCACUAUGGAAUAUAAUUCAAGUGGGAAAGCAACGGGAGAAGCAGAUGUUCACUUUGAGACGCACGAGGAUGCAGUUGCAGCCAUGGCCAAGGACAGGUUGAACGUGCAGCAUAGAUACAUUGAACUAUUCCUGAAUUCAUCACCAAGCACAAAAAUUGGUUGCCAGUGACAAUGGCCUAAUUCCCAAAGUAUAGGAUAAAUCAAGAUGCAUUUCAUUUGCACAUUUUCCUAGAGCUGGAAUAUAGGAGUUCCUGUAACCAGCAAGGAUAAAUUCUAAAGGACACUCCCCCCCCUCCCGAAUUGCCUUUCAAAGUAAAUCCAGCAGCUGUAUCUGUAACCCCACAAAUAGUUUGUGCAGGAUCUGUUUUAUGUAAAACCAAAAUUAAAGUUGAACUGUCCUUAAACUUUUUGCUGCAAGUACACGUCCUGAUAGACUGGGAGGCCAAGCUGUGAUACACAAAGAGUUACAUAGAUUGUCAUAGUUUCUAAGGCAUGAAUGGUGCAGACGCAUUGUUGCCCAUGGUUAAGCAAGUGCAAAGUGGGCUAUGAUUUCAGGAACCCUGAUCACCAUCAAUCCCAACUCAAGUGUGGUUAAGCAGGGUCAGUUGGGGAGUGUGCGUGAUGCUGUAGCCUGCUAAUUACUAAACUGGGAUAGUAGAACAGUGUUAUAUUGAUACCAGUCUGUUGCAUGGAACUUAAUACCAGAAAUGCUCUGAUCCAGUAGUUCAUGGAAUGGAAUUCUGUAGGUUGCCAGAGGAGUAGAAUGCCCCACAAAAGAGAACAUCAUAUGCACAAAGGAAUGCAUUCAUGAAACUGCCCCUUACAUUGGAUAGGAUAGAGAAGCUGUCCUGUAGCAUAUGCUCGGUGGACUGUACAUGGAGCUUUUGCCAGAUGUUAGAUAGGGUACUGAAUACUGGCUAUAAAGAAGCUGCUUUUCUCCAGAAGUAGCUUGAGCUGUAUUAACGUUUAAUUCAGACUGUCAGAUUGGCAUGCGUGUGUGGUAAUGAUGUAUGCUUUCAGUCUUCCUAGCAAGGUGGCUAGGUUGAUGUAACUGAUUUUUUACCACGUGAAUAUGGUUUGAAUCUACCAUUACCUUACUGGGUUCUGCCAGGAUGUGAGAGCACAGAGUAGGCAAAUAAGAACAUCGUCAGCGUUAAACAAGUGCAGCCAAAUCCCAGAUGAAUAUGAAGCAUGCGUUUGCUAACAUAUAUGCAGAAAGAUUGAAAAUGCUAGUGCCCACACCUCAACUUUUGGCCUAAACUGGCUGGGUAAUGGAAGUUUUUUCAGAUAGUUAAUUAAGGUUGCCAGAUAGGCUUGGUCCCUCCCUACAUAUCUGUUAUUUUCAUAGUAGGGGUCAAUGAGUUUGAUGGUGAAGUUGAGCCCAGCUGCUGCUGCUGCUACCACAAAGUACAGCGAUAAGUAGGUGUUAAGCAUUGCUUCUUAGUUUUGCCUGUCUCAUCACGUCAAUGUAUUACUCUAAUAAAUGAAAACUUUUUUCUUAAUGCA